CCGCCUCCAGAGUCCAAGGGUCCAUGUGGUGGGCAGGUUGAGCUGUGCUGGACACACAGAGGGAGGCUAUAACGGGACAGUUGGCGGGUGAGCAGCAUGGGCUUUGAGGAACUACUGGAGCAGGUGGGCGGCUUUGGGCCCUUCCAGCUGAGGAACUUGGCACUGCUGGCACUGCCCCGAGUACUGCUGCCCUUGCACUUCCUCCUGCCCAUUUUCCUGUCUGCUGUGCCUGCCCAUCGCUGUGCCCUGCCUGGCGCCCCUGCUAACUUCAGCCAGGACACAUGGCUGGAGGCCCACCUGCCCCGGGAGCCUGAUGGCACGCUUAGCUCCUGCCUCCGCUUCGCCCACCCCGAGGCUCUCCCCAAUACCACGUUGUGGGGAGAGGGACAGACCCCUGAGGAGCCAGAGGGCAAGCCCUCCACAGUGCCCUGCUCUCAGGGCUGGGAGUAUGACCACACGGAAUUCUCCUCCACCAUUGCAACUGAGUGGGAUCUGGUGUGUGAGCAGAAAGGCCUGAACAGAGCCACAUCCACCUUCUUCUUCGCUGGUGUGCUGGUGGGGGCUGUGGCCUUUGGAUAUCUGUCUGACAGGUUUGGGCGGCGCCGUCUGCUGCUUGUGGCCUACGUGAGUGCCCUGGUGCUGGGCCUGGCAUCUGCAGCUUCGGUCAGCUAUGUAAUGUUUGCCAUCACCCGCACCCUCACUGGCUCAGCUCUGGCUGGCUUUACCAUCAUCGUGAUGCCUUUGGAGCUGGAGUGGCUGGACGUGGAGCACCGUACCGUGGCAGGUGUCCUGAGCAGCACCUUCUGGUCAGGGGGCGUGAUGUUGCUGGCACUGGUUGGGUAUCUGAUACGGGACUGGAGAUGGCUUCUGCUGGCUGUCACCCUGCCUUGUGCCCCAGGCAUCCUCAGCCUCUGGUGGGUGCCUGAGUCUGCACGUUGGCUUCUUACCCAGGGCCACGUGGAAGAGGCCCACAAAUACCUGCUCCGCUGUGCCAGGCUCAAUGGGCGGCCUGUGGGUGAGGACAGCCUGAGCCGGGAGGCCCUGAACAAAGUGGCUGCUGGGGAACGAGUGGUCCAACGACCUUCGUACCUAGACCUGUUCCGCACACCCAGGCUCCGACACAUCUCACUGUACUGCAUGGUGGUGUGGUUCGGAGUGAACUUCUCCUAUUAUGGCCUGAGUCUAGAUGUGUCAGAGCUGGGGAUGAACGUGUAUCAGACACAGCUGCUCUUCGGGGCCGUGGAGCUGCCCUCAAAGCUGUUAGUCUACCUGUCCGUGCGACAUUUUGGACGCCGCCUCACACAGGCCGGAACACUGUUGGGCACCACCCUGGCCUUGGGUAUUGGACUGCUGGUGUCCUCGGAGAGGAAGUCCUGGAGCACUGCCCUGGCAGUGAUGGGGAAAGGUUUUUCUGAAGCUGCCUUCACCACUGCCUACCUGUUCACUUCUGAAUUGUAUCCUACAGUGCUGAGACAGACGGGUUUGGGGCUGACUUCACUGGUGGGCCGACUGGGAGGCUCUUUGGCCCCACUGGCAGCCUUGCUGGAUGGAGUAUGGCUGUCACUGCCCAAGCUUGCUUAUGGGGGGAUCGCCUUCCUCGCUGCCUGCACUGCCCUUCUGUUGCCAGAGACAAGGCAGGCACAACUGCCAGAGACCAUCCAGGAUGUGGAGAGAAAGAGGUGUGUGCACAGGACUAUGUGUACAUGUGAGCACAUGCAUGUGGAUGUAGGUGCUCAGAUACCUGACACCUUAGGAUUCAAAGAAAGACAUCUGCACAUGUGUACUUGGUGCAUGUAUGUAUGUGUACAUAGGUUGAGUGUUUCAGGGUACAUGACGACCUGGAGUAUGUAAACUGUGUGCAUGUAAGUUUACAUGAGUCCAUAUGUGUGUGUACAUAAAUACUUAAUGUUCAGGAGUGUGAACACUCAAGUAUAUGUGUACACUCAAGUAUGCUUAUACACCAGGAAUGUACACAUGCUUGUAUGUGAGUCACUUGUGUUUGUAUACCAAGAGCUGGGGAGAGCCGUGAGCCUAAUGGGGCUGGCUGGGGUGGUUGGCUCAGGGAUUAAACCCCAUCAUUGCUCAUGACUCCUUCAUCUUCAGUGUCCCAUCCAGUCUUCAGGAGGAAGAGAUGCCUAUGAAGCAGGUCCAGAACUGAGUGGCACUGGAAUAAGGCCUGCCACAACAGCUCUGCAGCAGGGGCUAGAAGAGCAGAAGGGCAGGGCCUGUGACUGAGCCUGAGGCCAUCUCUGCUAGGGCUGGAGUUGCCACCAGUGCCCCUUCUUGUGCUCAUUUAGCCUUGAUUAUUUGGCUUCCAGGAACAGGUGACUUCCCAGAAUGCAGUGGGCUGCUGGAGAUUCUGGCUACCCCUCUCGUGGCUGGGGAGGAUUCUGUAAACAAAGGUAUCCCUUGGGUUUGGGCAAUGGUGAUGAACUGUGGGAACAGCCCUGAUGGCAAUCCACUGAGUUUGCCCUGGGUUCUGAUCCUGGCUUCAUCAUUGAUUUGCUAUGUAAUCUUCAGCAUGUGAUUUUCCCUCUCUGGGCCUCAAUCUGUUCUUCUUCCAAAUGGAUAAUGAAGCCUCUUGGUAGACCUUAGCACAAGAUCUGUUAUCAUGCUCCAAAUGAGAUACUGAAUAAGGUGUUUCUUCUAGAGAUGGUGCUAAAGACAAGAAUGUCCAUUGAUGAUAGGGCUGUCUACUCCGUGGACAGCUAGGGGCUUCCAAUGCCAGACCUAGGGGACCAGGAGGACAGACCUCAUUGUUCUCCGGGCUGGACCAGCUACCUCUGAGGCACUCUGCAGGGCAAUGCCUUCCUCCACCCCUACAUUGCUCAUCCUCCAACCUACUGUCUAGGCUUCAUGCUCAAAGAAAAGUAGAAGACGUGGGAGCCAAAAUUUUAUUGGAAAAGGCAGAGAUGCUAAGAUUUAAUAAACACAAGUUUUAUGAGUAA